AUGAAAGAAUCGUGGCAGAUUUUACCUCGUAUUCCAUUGCCUGGUAUUUCUAUUACUGCAUUUAAUGAACUAGUACGAUACAUGUACAUGGGAGAAUUAACAAUUGCAGGAGAUACAAUCCUAUCAGUAUUAGAUGCAGCUAAUCGACUUGAACUACAGGAAGUUGUGGAGAUUUGUUGCAAACAAUUGAUGCUCGAGCUGAAUGUGACCAACUGUGUAGAUAUCUACAUUUGUUGCGAACAGCUCCAGAUGAGACCUGCUUGUAGGUUAUUAGCUCAAGCUGCCCGGUCCAUGAUUGAUACUUUCUUUUAUGAGGUAUAUCAGAGCGAAAGUUUCAAGACUUUGUCGUUAGAGGCCGUGAUGAAGAUUUUACGACAUCAUGAACAUUCAGUGGAUUAUUGUACGGAUGAUGCAGCGGUUAAAGCUUGGAUGAUGCAUGACCCCAUGACUAGACAGAGACAAGUGUCGGUUGUGUUGCAAUCUCCGCAGAAAUGGAAAAACAAUGGAAACGAAGCGGGACAAAUACUUACAAGUCGAUGGAAUAGUGAUACUGCUAUGGUCUAUGACAAAAGGAAGACAUCGUUGGAGGUUGAGGAUGAUAUGAUGAAUUUGGACAUUGUGGAUACCGAGGAAAGUAUCAAGCAGCAACUCACGCCGACCAUUUUCGUGAUGGGAGGUUUCAAUAAUCCUGGUGCGUUAAGUACAGUGGAAUAUCUGGACUUUCAUCGUGGUGAAUGGUACCCCGCUGCAUCAAUGACAACUCGGCGUUCUUAUAGUGGCGUUGCUGUUACGAGAGAUAACAAGAUAUUUGUCAUGGGAGGAACAAGUAGUAGCUCGCACCAUCACAAGAGUAUGGAAAGAUACGAUCCGGAUACGAAUCGAUGGAUAACAAUGCCAUCGAUGAAAAAGGCUCGUAGUUAUCUUGGAGCAACAAUUGUUGGGAAUUUUAUCUACGUCGUUGGAGGGUUUAAUGGUCAUGCUCAUUUGUCGUCGGUCGAGCGCUUUGAUCUCGAAAAACAUGAAUGGGAGCUAAUGCCUCACUUAAUGACAGGACGUAGUGGACUAGCAGUUGUUACACUGAAUGGACUUGUAUAUGCUAUCGGUGGAUAUGAUGGUAGAAAACAUUUGAAAAGCAUGGAAGUUUUUGAUCCUGAUACGAAUGAAUGGAUAUCUGGUGCUAGUAUGCGUUAUGCAAGGAAUGGUCCUGCAGCGAUAGUACAAGAAGAGAAUAAUAGUAUUCUUGUCUUUGGAGGUGAAUCUCGUCAUGGGGCACGGAUGAAUACAAGUGAAGAAUUGGAUUUAAAUAAUGGAACAUGGACAGAUGUGGAUACAUUUGCCGAUUGUCGAAGUGGUCACGUUGCCGUGAGUUUUUUGAAUGAAACAUUCUUGUUUUGUAUGGGAGGAUCCAAUAAGAAAGAUGAGUAUCUCGAUACAGUACAUCGAUAUGAUUUUUUAUCCAAGCAAUGGACACUUUAUUCGCCGAUGAAUGCACAACGUUGUGGCUUGAAUGUAGCUGUAGUAAAGACGUCACCCUAUGCUGAAUGUUUUACAGCACAAAAGGUGAAGGAACAAUAA